UGUCAUUUGUUGAACUUAAAUUUGAAGUUGAGUUUGUAGUGUUUGGUAAUCUUGAGUUUGUGGAGUUAUUUGAACUUGAGUUUGUGGUGUUUGUUGAAUGUGAGUUUGUGGUGUUUGUUGAAUGUGAGUUUGUGGUGUUUUUUGAACAUGAGUUUGUGGUGUUUGUUGAACUUGAGUUUGUGUGUUUGUUGAUCUUGAGUUUGUGGAGUUAUUUGAACAUGAGUUUGUGACAGUUGAUGAACUUGAAUAUAUGGUGUUUGUUGAACUUGAGUGUGUGACAGUUGUUGAACUAAAAUAUAUGGUGUUUGUUGAACUUUAAGUUUUGUCAUUUGUUGAAUUUGAGUUUGUGGCAAUUGUUGAACUUGAAUUACGGGUGUUUGCUGAACUUGAAGUUGUGGCAUUCAUUGAACUUGAGUUUGUUUAAAAUUGAGUUUGUGGCGUUUUUUGAACUUGAGUUUGUGGCGUUUGUUGAACUUGUGUUUCUGGUGUUUGUUGAACUUUUGUUUCUGGUGUUUGAUGAACUUGACUUUGUUGCGUUUGUUGAACUUGAGUUUGUGGUGUUUUUUGAUCGUUAGUUUGUGGUGUUUGUUUAAUUUGAAGUUGUGGCAUUGUUCAAACUUGAGUUUGUGGUGUUUGUUGAACUUGUGUUUCUGGUGUUUGUUGAACUUGAUUUUGUUGCGUUUGUUGAACUUGAGUUAGUGGUGUUUGUUGACCAUGAGUUUGUGGUGAUUGUUUAAUUUGAAGUUGUGGCAUAAUUUGAACUUUAGUUUGUGGAGUUUGUUGGACUUGAGUUCUUCGAUAUUUAUGAACUUGAGUUUGUGGUGUUUUUUUAACUUGAGUUUGUAGUUUUUGUUAUACUUGAGUUUGUGGCAAUUGUUGCACUUGAGUUUGUGGUAAUUUUUGAACUUGAGUUUGUGGCAGUUGUUGAACUUGAAUAUAUGGUGUUUGUUGAACUUGAAUAUGUGGUGUUUGUUGAACUUUUGGUAUUUUGUUGAACUUGGUUUUUUUGUGUUUAUUGAACUUGAGUUUGUGGCAUUUGUUGAACUUGAGUUUGUGGCGUUUUUUUAAACUUGAGUUUGUGGUGUUUGUUUGAUUUGAUAUUGUUGCAUUCGUUGAACUUCGUUUUUUUGUGUUUAUUGAACUUGAGUUUGUGGCAUUGUUUAACUUCCGCUAGUAGUGGGGCGGAUAAUAGCAUAUUACAGGAGAAUUGUUCACUUGCGGAUAAAAGCACCAAUAUUGGCACACAUACGCCUUAGGAGUUGCUCUUUUGAUAUUUCCGUCUGGCCAAAUGAAAAUUCAAGAUGGCGGCCAUUUUUCAAGAUGGCCACCAUUGAAAAUACAGUAAUAUUGCAUUUUGCAAUAAAAUCCCAUAGACUUGUCCUAUUUGGAUGAUCUUGGUGUCAAAUCAUACAUUUUCCACUAUGCAGAAUCCAAAUUUGGACCCAUGGACUUACUUACUGGCUUCCUUGUACCAUAUUUCAGUCCCGGAAUCCUAAUAUUCUGGUAUUUACGAGGUUUACAUUAUGUCCGACUUGGGUAAAAUGGUUGGUAACCUAUAUCUUAGUGUUGUUAGAGGUUUAGUGUGUGUGUGUGUGUGUGUGUGUGUGUGUGUGUGUGUGUGUGAGAGAGAGAGAGAGAGAAAGAGAGGGAGCUGUUCAGCUUUCUGGCUGAUCAGAUAGAAUGUGUGGCCUCACCAAAUGUGGUCAUUGUGACCAAAGAAGAUGAUGUUAUCAGCAACAGUACGAUUAAUCUGGCUGGGGUGGCACCAUGCAGUCAUGAAGAAGCUGACACACGGAUCUUUGUGCACGCCAGGCAUGCCACAGAAGCAGGCAGCAAGGUCAUCAUGGUCAAAGCCAACGACACAGAUGUUGUUGUCAUCGCAGUGAGUGUUCUGCAGGCACUUCAGAACCUGGGUCUGCAGCAGUUGUGGGUUGCCUUGUGCCAAAGACAGAACCUGAAGUGGAUUCCUGUUCAUGACCUGUGUGGCAUUCUUGCAGAAAAGAGCAAAGGGAUGCUCUUCUUCCAUGCAUUCACUGGUUGCGAUGUUGUCUCAGCAUUCUGUGGCAAAGAGAAGAAGUCUGCUUGGCAAACCUGGAAUGUUUGUGAUGAGGCUUCCAGUGUCUUCAGCAAACUCAGCCAUUACCCACCUGUAUUGGAUGAUGAAGACCUGAAAACCCUGGAGAAGUUUGUGGUUAUGUUGUACGACAGAUCCAGCACAGCAGAGGCCGUACGAAGCCAUUCCUCCAACUCGAUAAGCACUUAAGCAACAUGUCAUGCGGGCAUCCUACCAAGCGGGCUGCAUCUGGAGUCAGUCAAUAGUAUGUCAGCCAGAAACACAUAGUCCUGCCAACUGGGGCUGGACCAAGAAAGGAGAUCUGUGGCAGAUUGUUUGGACAGAGCUCCCACCCAUUGCAGAGCGUUGCCAGCAGCUGACCAAGUGUGGAUGCAAGUCGGAAUGCUGCGGUCGAUGCAAAUGCUACUGCUUUGGUCUGACCUGCACGGCACUGUGCAGCUGCAGGUGUGAGGUUUAGAAACGCUGUAGUAAAAGCCUACUCAUCCAAACAGCCUACAUGUAAAAAAAAAAAAAAAACUGCCUCGGUGGGAUCACCACCUUAUCGUGGUGGGGCAGUUUGUGUGUCUCCAUGACCCCUAGAGCUUUGCCGGCUGGAGUAUUGUACUCCUGGCAGGGUCACCCACGCCAAACAGCUCAAAGGAUAGAGACCAGACAAAGAGUGAUCCCAUGGUGCUACCAUCCAUUUUAGAUGAAAUUCAAAUUUAUCAGAAUAUUAGGAUUCUGGGACUGAUAUGUGCAGUGAGGACACACCCUUGCCCAUGCACUUGCUCUCCUUGCAACCCCCCCCCCCCCCCCCCCCACACACACACACACACAUGUGCAGCACACACUAGACCUCUAACAACACUAAGAUAUAGGUUACCAACCAUUUUACUCGAGCCUCACAUGAUGUAGACCUAAUUAGGAUCAGAAUAUAGGAUUCCGGGACUGAAAUAUGGUACACGGAAGCCAGUAAGUAAGUCCAUGGGUCCAAAUUUGGAUUCUGCAUAGUGGAAAAUGUAUGAUAUGACACCGAGUUCAUCCAAAUAGGACAAGUCUAUGGAAUUUUAUUGCAAAAUGCAAUAUUACUGUAUUUUCAUUGGUGGCCAUCUUGAAAAAUGGCCGCCAUCUUGAAUUUUCAUUUGGCCAGACAGAAAUAUCAAAAGAGCAACUUCUCAGGAGUACGUGUGCCAAUUUUGGUGCUUUUAUCGGCAAGUGAACGUUUAUUACAGUUAUCUGCCCAGCUAUAGGGGAGUUUGUUGAACUUGAGUUUGUGACAAUUAUUGAAAUUGAGUUUGUGGCAUUCGUAGAACUUGAAGUUCUCUUAUUUGCUGAAAUUUGUGGAAAUUGUUGAACUUGAGUUUUUGGUGAAUGCUUAACUUGAGUUUUGUCAUUUGUAGAGCUUGAGUUUGUGGUGUUUGUUGAACUUGAAGUUCUCCUAUUUUUCUUACUUGAGUAUGUGGAAAUUGUUGAACUUGAGUUUAUGGUGUUCUUUAAACUUCGAGUUUUGGCAUUUGUAGAGCUUGAGUUUGUGGUGUUUGUUGAACUUGAGUUUGUGGCAAUUGUUGAACCUGAGUUUGUGGCGUUUUAUGAACUUGAAGUUGUGGCAUUUAUUGAAAAUGAGUUUGUGGUGGUGUUAAACUUGAGUUUGUGGUGUUUGAUGAAAUUGAGUUUGUGCGGUUUUUGAACUUCAGUUAGGGUUGGUUUUUGAACUCGAGUUCAUGGUGUUUGUUAAACUGGAGUUCUUGGCAAUUUAUAAACUUAUGUUUGUGGCAUUUUUUGAACUUGAGUGUCUGGCGUUUGUUGAACUUGAGUCUGUGGUGUUUGUUGAUCUUGAAGUUCUCUGUUGAUCUUGAGCAUGUAAAAAAUUGUUGAACUUGAGUUUGUGGUGUUUGUUAAACCUAAAGUUUUAGCAUUUGUAGAGUUCGAGUUUGUUGCGUUUUUUCAAAUUUAAGUUUUUGCAUUUUUAGAACUUGAAUUUGUGUCGGAUCAGCUUGAGUUUGUGGUUUUUUGUUCAACUUAAGUUUGUGGUUAUUGUUGAACUUGAGUUUGUGGCGUUGGUUGAACUUGAGUUUGUGGUGUUUGUUGAACUUGAGUUUCUGACAAUUGUUGAACUUUAAUAUGUGUAUUUUGUUGCGCUUGAAGUUUUGGCAUUUGUUUACCUGGAUUUUUGUGUUCAUUAAUUUAAGUUUGUGGCAAUUGUUGAAUUUAAGUUUAUGGAGCUAUUUGACCUCUAGUUUGUGGUGUUUGUUGAACUUGAUGUUGUGGCGUUGAUUGCACUUGAAGUUGCGGCAUUAUUUGAACUUGAAGUUGAUGCUUUGUUGAACUAAAAGUUGCGGCAUAAUUUAAACUUAAUUUUGUGGAUUAUUUUGAACUUGAGUUUGUGGCAUUUGUUAAACUUGAGUUUGGGGCAUUUGUUGAACUUGAGUUUGUGGAGUUUGUUGAACUUGAGUUCUUGGAAAUUUAUGAACUUCAGUUUGUGGCAUUUGUUGAGUUCGAGUUUGUGGCGUUUUUUGAAAUUUAAGUUUUUGCAUUUUUAGAACUUGUGUUUGUUGUUUUAGUUGAUGUUGUGGCGUUUGUUGAACUUGAGUUUGUGGCGUUUGUUGAGCUUGAGUUUGUUGAAUGUUUUGAACUCAAAGUUUUGGCAGUUGUUGAACUUGACUGUGGUUUUUGUUAAACUUGAAGUUUUUGGCAUUUGUAGAACUUGUGUUUGUUGUUUUUGUUAAAGUUGAAGUGUAGUUUGUUGAACUUGAGUUUGUGGUGUUUGUUGAACUCACGUUUGUGGUUUUUGGUUGAGCUUAAGUUUUAGGCGUUUGUUAAGCUUGAGUUUUUUGCGUUUUUUAAACUUGCAGUUCUUGCAAUGCCUCAGCGGCCGGACACCACCUCCCUGACUUCCCACCCCUCCCGGGCCGUGACCACGAACACACAUACCCCUAGACAAAAGGCACCAUCCAUGGCCUCCAGGACCUUGAGGACAGUUAACCUGCUCUGAUCUUACCUCUUUUUGUGAAUGUUAGUAGAAACAGAACAGAAGCUCACAGAGUUCACAGAGCUUGCCCUGCACGGCCCAACUCACGGUAAGAGGUACAUAUGACCCCAAUCCCACCAAGAGCACUCUAACUAAACUACUACAAGACACCCUAGACAUUACAGGUGCAGAGCUCAUGCGCAGCAGAGUGUAAGAGGAACUCUGACAAGAAAUGAGAGACGAGAUGCGCAGUGCCAUGAGAGAUGAGGUGCAGGGGGCCGUCGGAGGCUCCACCGUCAACUAUAUGGACAACACGGGUGCCAGUGAAGCCAUCACCCAUCUCACUGCCACCAUGGAGGAACAGCAACGUAUGAAGGAUGAAAACAGGGUAAGUGCACCUCUCAACCAUCACUUCACACGCUCAAAAGCCAGGUUACCUCCAGCAUACUCAGACGCAACCACAGCAUAAACCAUUCACCGUUAGCGAUACACAAACCAUCCGUGAUAAGCUGCCCCCCAUCACUGAGGGAGGCAACUUAUGGCUGGACAAACUGGACUGCCUGCCUAAAGGCCAAGAUAUAGCCCUCAGCGAUUUUAGAGCUAUUCUCAUGCUCUGUGUCACCCCUAGCGAACUCAGGGACAUUGAAACCAGUGCAGGCACCAUUUCCUGCAAGAAUGACAGGCAACUAGUCACGGUAAUUAGGGCUAUGCAUAAUGAACUCCAUUCCAAAUACCCGCUCCACAAUGGCCCAAUGAUUCCCAAGUUCUCAUGGGACAAAAAUCUGUCUCCUAGCGAGUAUCUAGCCCAGUGCAAGAAGCAAUGGUCCAAACACACAGGGGAACACCCCAGUAAGGGUCAGGAACAUUGGUUUAGAGAUGCAGUCAUUAAAGGUGUUCCAGCAGACGUUAGCAAAGUCUUAGACUACAGCCCAGCCCUCCCGGGCUCAACCUGCCUGGUGUGGGAACAACAUCUCAAACACCACCUACAGAGGGCUAAAGACAGAACCAACAAAGAAGGUGAUGAUGACAAAGACAUGCAGAGACAACUUAUGAAGCUGCAGCUCACCCAGGCUCAGAGAAGUGCGACUGAGGGUAAGAAAGAUCGUAAGACAGAUAAAAUUAUGGUUGUCGCCUUCUCUAACGACCCACAGAAUUCACCUGACAUGUACCCAGUGCCCCAGAGGGCAGAUUAUUCUCCCUAUUCUCCUUCCGCGGAUAAAUCUCAAGGUUCGAGGGGCGGAGGACGAGAAGUGAGGUCUGGUGGACCCUACAGGGGAGGCUUCCAGGGCAGCAGGGGAUUCCAUAACAACGGCCCUCCCCGCCAGGGCGGUUAUAGGAAUCAGGCACAAUCAGCACCCAUACGCAACAAUGCCUGCCACUCCUGCGUUAUGAAUGGACACUGGUGGCGUGACUGUCCAAACUAUCCACCGAACCCUCCACAGCAAUGCAGCUACCCGAUGCGGUAUGGCCCGUGGACCACCUCCACAUAGACAGAGAGGAUUACCCCAACCGCAGCAGCAGGCUCACCAGUUUCCAGUCACAGUCACGGCCUGGGACCAGACCUGGGAGGCUCAGGAGGCCUACCAGUACCCUCAGUGACAUGCCCCACAGAGCAAUCGGACAGCGGGGUAACGGCAGAACCCAUGCUGUCCAUGACGGUCCAGGACCACGCUCUGCCCUUCCUCGUUGACACAGAGGCUACCAGAUCUACGGUUAAUCAGGACAUUGGGCCUCUGGGGUAACGCACUUUUUGGAGACAAUCGGAGCAAGGUGAGAAUAGUCCGGGUGACGCGUUCAGCACAACGGA